AUGUUGCUGCGAUGGGUGUCCCAGUUUCUUGUGGUCCUCUCUCUUUAUUCUCUUUUGGCUUUCGGAGUGUCGAUCGAGGAUUAUGAAACUGCUUCAAAAUCAUCUUUAAUGUGGGGACCUUAUAGAUCAAACUUAUACAUUGGGAUGCGGCCACGAAUCCCUGAUUCUUUGAUGACUGGAUUGUUCUGGUACAAUCUCGACAACUUCGACUCGAUCAUCAAGGCCAAGCAUAUGUGUGAUCAAAACGACGAUUUUAAGAAAUUCGGUUGGACAAAGUUCGAUCCAAGAUACGGGGGAAUUGAGGAAAUAAAAGACAAUGAAAACCACAUUGAUUUGACGUUUGAAUUCGUGAAGUCGUAUAAUUUGAAGAAUGAACUUGAUCAAUCCUGGGGUUUAAGAGUUAAGGGGGUCCCACAAAAGGGCCAUGAAGCAGUGAAAACUUCUAUGGUGCUUUAUGCUGGUUUAGAAAUUCUUAAUCCAGUUACCGGAGAGAAAUUGACGCUUGCCAACGCUAAAACACCAAAAGGAUUUGAACAUGACGAAAUUGUGGUGUUAGAAGGUAUUUCUAAAGAUUUUGCAAAGUUCAAACUUGAGAUUAAUGAUGGUCCAGAUACCAACAGACACGUUACUGUUGACCAGUCAUUCGUACCAGGUGAGAAUUACGACCCAAAGUACACCAAACAUAUUGGAUUGAACGUGCCAGAACAUAAUAUUUGGAGAGCAAAACAAGUGUUUGUCAGUAUGAUUCAAGAAUCAUUGCAAACUUUAAACAAACAAUACACUGCCGGCGAACUCGAUGUUGAUCUUGAGAAAACUCCUGCGGUUGUAGGGUUAACUUUGCCAGAUCUUCAUGCGUACGAUGGUAACAUGCAUUUUAUUCAAAAGAAUUUCGAAGGAGCGUUUGAAUUUGACAUUGUUUUCAACACCCAAAAUACUGAAAAGCCAAUUGCUAGAGCCGCUGGAUACGAUGAGGUUACUUUUGAGAACCUUGGGGAAAAAAUCGACAUCACCGUUUCCAAAUUCAAUGAUAAGUUCCACAAAAUUUUCAAAUUUAAUUCUCCUUUCAAUCUUCAGAAAUAUAAGGCGUUCGGGGAAGACUUCAUUUCCAAUUUGAUUGGAGGAGUUGGGUACUUUUUCGGGGACCAUUUAGUUGAUAGAACUACCGAAAUUGAUGAAGAAGGUGACGAUGAACAAGGAAAAUUCAAGCAAUUGGAUGGUAAACCAGAAGGUCCAUUUGAGUUGUUUACUUCGGUCCCAAGUAGACCAUUCUUCCCAAGAGGUUUCUAUUGGGAUGAAGGUUUCCAUUUGAUUCCUAUUUUGGAAUAUGAUUUUGAUUUGGCAUUGGAAAUCUUGAAAAGUUGGUUUGAUUUGAUUGAUGAUGAUGGCUGGAUUGCUAGAGAACAAAUUUUGGGCGAAGAAGCUAGAAGUAAGGUUCCGGAAGAAUUCCAAGUUCAGAAUCCAAACAUUGCUAACCCACCAACGUUGAUGUUAGUCUUCCUCAACGUCAUUAAAAAGGCUAACGAACAGAAAAAGGUCUAUGAACAAAAAAUCAAUCUUGGUGAUAUUAAUGCACCUCAAGAUGUUUUAGAAUUCGGGGCCAUGGGUGACGAUUCUGAUAUUUCUAUUGAUGGUAUUAGUGAUUUCCACUUGAACCAUCCUGAAUUAUUGCUUGACUAUGCCAAGAAUAUCUAUCCAAAACUCCAGAAACAUUACGAAUGGUUCAGAAGAACUCAAAAGGGUGAAUUGGAGGAGUUUGAAAGAGAAGCCUUUUCCAUGGAGGAAGCUUACAGGUGGAUUGGUAGGACUGAAAAAUUGUGUUUGCCAAGUGGUCUCGAUGAUUAUCCAAGAGCCGAGGUUCCUGACAUCGGGGAACUUCAUGUCGACUUGAUUUCUUGGAUUGGAAGUUUCACCAGCUCCAUGAAACAAUUGGCAGAGUUAUUGGGUUACGAAGAAGAUGUCGAAAGAUAUGGAAAUAUUGAAACUGCCAUUAUCAAGAACAUUGACGAUUUGCAUUGGUCAGAAGAUGAUAAAGCUUAUUGUGAUGUGACUCUUGACUAUUCUGAUGAAGAUGUUUUUGUCUGUCAUAAGGGUUAUAUUUCAUUAUUCCCAUUCUUAUUAAAAUUGAUUCCUCGUGACUCCUCCCAUCUUAUUGAUGUAUUGAACUUGAUUGCUGAUCCAGAAGAAUUGUUCUCUACUUACGGUAUCAGAUCUUUGUCAAAGCAAGACCCAUUCUUCAGACAAGGGGAAGAUUACUGGAGGGGGAAAGUCUGGGUUAAUAUCAAUUACUUGAUCUUGGAUAGUUUAAUCUAUUAUUCAACGGAGCAAGAGGACUCCGUGUUAAUGGACCAAGAAACCCAAGAGGUCGCACGGAAAUUGUAUAAAGAAUUGAGAUCCAAUUUGGUGAACAAUGUUUUCAAACAGUUUAAAGAAACCGGUUACGGUUGGGAAAACUAUGAUGAAAGCAACGGGAACCCUACUGGGGUUCGCCACUUUCUUGGAUGGACUUCGUUGGUUGUUAUGAUCAUGAAGAUGCCAGAGACUAUUUAA